AAUACAUAUCUAAAUAUUACUGCACCGGCAGCUCUUUGAGAGCCCCAAGCACGUUCAACUAAUGAACUUGAAGUACAUCAGUUAAUUUAUUUUAAGACAAUAGAAUUUAGUGUCACAUUUAUAAAUUGAAAAUCACUUUAAAUUACUCCAAACAUUUAGAGCUGAUAAGAGACAGGUGCAUGGAAAGCUACUCGCACGGUUAACUAGUUGUGUGUUGUGAUGAUGCAAUACCACUUGUGCCAUCAAUUCAAAGAUAACACUAAUUCUGAUAGACUGGAUAAUUAUAUCUCGGGAAUCAGAAGUUUAUUCUUUAUAUACAUGUAACACACACGUGUUCAUAAGUGGUAACAAUAACCAAGCCUUCUUUUGGUGUAAUUGUUACACACAUAUUUAGAAAACCUAAAUUUUAAUUGCAUGAAUUUUCAUUCAUCUUCGAAUUUCUCUCCACUAUAAAACACAAGACGGCAAACCGACAAAUAAAUUCUUCAAGUGCUGUCUCACCAUAUAAUUAAUUGGAACAAUGAUUUUGGAAAUUCUUGGAUUUUUGUUCAGCAGCGUGAUAACAGGACUAUUUGUGUUGAAUAGAAUAACCAACGAUAUCUGCCCUCAAAAACUGAAAAGGGCUCUUAAUAAACUCGUCUUGUCUAAUUGGGUGAAGGGACUGCCACAAAUUAUCCCCGUUUAUAACACCAGCACCCCAAAAACGGCGAAGGAGGCUGGAAUUUUGGCUCAGGAUGUUGAAUGGGAUUUGGAAAAACCUUGCAAGUUGGAUUCUAAUCAGGAAGCGGAUGACGUGAUCAUCCAUGGAGUCGAUGAUAAAGGAAAUUGUCUGGUUGGAAGGAUUACGAGAUAUCACAAUGACAUGAGCAGAGCAUCACUGGCACUGAGGAGAAAUGGCGAAAACUUUACCGUUGAGCUUGAAGGUGCUUCAAAUAAUCAAUUGGAAUUUUCUUUGGGAAAUUUUAAAUUGGAGCUUGUUGAACCCUUUCGAGCUUGGAGAGUGUGGUUCAACGGCUACAUGCGAAAGCAGGGCGCACCACCUACUACAAACCUGGUUCAUGUUACUCUCAAUUUUUUAUGGAAACCACUGGAUUACGCCAAAGACUUUCGGAAAGAUGCAAACAUAUUUCUACUGGCUGACGUGUUUUCCUGGAAUGGAUCUUAUGGACAAAAUUUUGCAAAUAUCAAAGAAAUGAUACCAAAAGGCUAUCACCAAUUCGGCGUACUUCACGGUAUAGUAAAAAUUGAUGGGGAUAACAUUGAAGAAGAUUCGUUGUACCUGUAUGGAAAUCGUACCAGGCGACAAUUACUUCUUGGGGUUAACACAAACGAUGAAACGAUCGAAAUUUUUGGAAUGCAAGAUAAUGAUGGAAAUGCUCUCAGAUUGACCAGUCGUAAUGGAUCUUGGGUUGAUGGGGAGGCGUCCUACAGUUCAACGUGUCUGUACCCAACGCAAGAAAUUGACGCUGCUGCCACAUGUUUCGAAAGAAACUCGACCAUUCCUAAAUUGUUUGAGCUGACAGACGAAAAGUCAACUAUGCGAGUUGAAAUCUGGCCAAACUACGAAGCCAUUAAUGUGGACGAUUCGUUGAAUUUACUUCUCUUGCAAAUGGAAAUAAAUGGGAAGGAAUCACACGGAAUUGUACUCAGAAACUCGAAUCCAUCAGUCCCCAUCAUCUCAAGUCAUACAACGGGGGUAGAAAAUUGGAGAUCAGUCGAUUCAAACGACGUCUUUGCUAUAUCUUUGGAAGCUGAUGCCUGUCAGAAUACAAAUCUGGUUGGAGGGAAGGGAGCGUCUCUUGCGAAAUUAGCUAGGAUGAAUAGAACUGUCAACGAAUUUAAAACUGCGCAAGGAUUUUGCGCAACGACCAACUUAUUUAGGAAAAUGGUUCAUGAACAAAGUUUGAAAGAGAUUUUUGAAAAGCAAACCACAAGUUUGGAAGAGUCAUGUUUGCAAGCAACUGAACUUGUAAUGAGUUGUGCUACUGCUGAGAAAGAUAUUCGCCCUUUGGUCGAGUCACACUUGCAACAACUAUUUGGGAAAAGUCGCCCCUCAACCUUACGGUUUGCCGUGAGAUCUUCCGGAGUUUUGGAAGAUGGAUCCGAUGUAUCUUGUGCUGGGCAGAAUGAAACAUUUUUAGGAGUUGAUGAGGCAUCUAUUCCAGAUAAAAUUGUACAAUGUUGGGCUUCGGCUUUUACAUAUAAAUCUGUUAUCUAUCGACUAAAUCAUGGCCAGCCAGCGGUUACGCAUAUGGGCGUCGUAAUUCAAGAACUGGUCACCGCCGCGUCUGCUGGGGUUUUGUUUACAGCGUGUCCACUCACAGGAAAUCCAUUUCAAAUGCUCAUCACGGCAAAUUAUGGUCUUGGAGAGAGCGUCGUAAGUGCGACCUGUGAUCCCGAUUCCAUAAUCAUUCAGCGACACCGUUCCAUUAAAUCACGACAAAAAUGUCGUAAACAUGAUUUAUCAAUCCACCAAAAAUUAGUUGGAAAGAAAAAGUCCAAAGUGAUUUUGAAACCAGGAGGAAAAUCAGUCGAAGAAGAAAGUUUAAGCGACGUUGACUCGAACCGUUUAUGUUUAACGGAGCCCUCAAUGCUGCAAUUGGGAUUCAUUGCCAUAAAAGUCGAAAAUGAGCUUGGUCAAUUAAAGCCUGUCGAUAUUGAGUGGGCCAUUACCGGGGAUGGAAAUAUUUUUAUUCUUCAAUGUCGACCCAUGACAUCUCUGAAUGUGUGGAAUGAUUUUGAAAUUGCUCAUCAAUUUGACACGUCCAUUAGAACCAGAAUUGAGUUGCUGACUACAGCAAACACUGGGGAAGUUAUGCCGAAGCCUGUGUACGCUUGUUCCGUUCAGUCAAUGACAAGGAACUUGGACGUCGGAGUGCAAGACAGGACGGGGACCAUGACCGGAAAUCCUGUCUGUUCAGUCGUUUCCAGAUCGUGUCCCUUGUAUCAGAGUAGACUUUUCAUCUCCGUAUAUCCAACUUUAUACAAACGGAUUGAUGCUGAAAUUAAUGCACCCGUUUGUUGCAUCGAUUUAACGGUUUUCGGAAGGCCCGUAAUCACCAAAGAGGUUCACUCAGUUGCGCUGGAGCGAUAUGGAGUGUCAUCUCGGUCAUCGAAAAUAUUUAGCACACUAGAUGCCAUUAAAUUAAUUAAAAACGCACACAAUCGGUUAGACCAAGCCAACUUGGAAUACGGGAGCUGGACUUUUCGAAUCAAAAGCGGUCUGCCAAUCUCAGCCAGAACAAUAUAUGAUCAAAUUACAGCGGAUUUGAUGGUGGUUCAUGAUGUAUCUCUUCACCACUGCGCCAUGUCAGAAGCAAGUAGCAUAACGUUGAUAUUUGCAUUUUUGACUAUUUCUGAAGGAAAAAAUGCUGAACAUUGGUCUCCCUCAUUAUAUGAAGAUGUUGGAAAGAUGUUGUCAGUCUAUGCGUCCGUCGAGUCUGCCGAAUUGCCUGCUGACAUGGAAAAACUGGGGGAAGCAAUUCUCGUACAUGCCGACACGGACACCUUUAUACGCACAAAGUCCGCAAAAGAAGCAAUUUCUUGGUUAGAGUCAGACGAUAAUUUGUCAAACGCUUUAGAAACCUUUUUGGCAAAAUAUGGUCACCGUUCUAUCGCUGAAUUGGAUAUUGGGCAGGAUACUUGGCGGACUGACCCUGCUCCUUUAAUUCAAUUAUUGAAGAAUAUUGUUGGAAACAAGAUCAAAAAUCCAUCCAGAGCUGCCAAUCAAAUUCCAGGGGUUUUGCCAAAUGACGAAGAGUUACUCAGGUCUUUGAAGACACCUUUAACAAAAAGUGGAAGGUGGUUUCUCAAGUUUCUGCUUCCCUACUGUCGCCAAACUGUAACUUAUCGAGAGCGAACCAAGUCACUGCUGGUCAAAGUUUUAGAACAAGUCAAGUUUGCAUACCAAAUUUUAGCAGAAGCCAUGGUCAGGGAACAGAUCAUCUCGGAUACGAACUUGAUAAAACAUUUGACACAUCAUGAAAUGGGUCUCUUGAUUGACAAGCACCACUCCAGUUCAUCCAUUAUUAAUCGCGCGAUUCAAAGAAUGCGGUUAUAUCCGACCAUGGAAGCCCUGGAGUUUCCAGAAAUUUCCGUUGGAAUCCCAAAACCAUUCAACAAUUCCGAGCAAGUUGAGACCUGUGAUGUGGUAAAGGGGACUCCAGUAAGCGCUGGAAAAAUCAGAGGAAUUGCCAAAGUGUGCUUAAGCGUGGAAGAUGCCUCCAGCCAACUGGAAGAUGGGGACAUUUUGAUCACUAAAGGGACUGACAUAGCUUGGUCACCAUUUUUUCCAAUGCUCGGGGGAGUCGUCACUGAACUGGGUGGCCUUAUUAGUCAUGGAGCUGUUGUUGCUCGAGAGUAUGGCUUGCCUUGCAUCGUUGGAGCUGUCAAUGCCACAAAGAUAUUCCAGUCUGGAGAUGAAAUUGUUUUGGAUACGAGUAUGGGUACAAUUUCAAAAGUGCAAUGUUAAAAAACAGGUCCUUUGAUAUUGAUCAAUUUUCCAUGAAUUUUCCUUUGUAUUUCGAAAGUUACCAGUGUAGUAUUGUGUGUUCAAAGUAAAGUUGUAAUAAUUAAUAAUAAUGCUACCAAUUAGAAAUAAAAGUGUCGCAUUACGUCGCAUUACGUUUUAUAAAA